AUGGGUAACACACAACAUAUUAGCGACCAGGUGGAGUGGGAUAUGGUGCUCGAGAAGACCCAAGUCGUCGUGGUAGACUUUUAUGCCGACUGGUGCGGUCCCUGCAAAAUGAUUGGUCCUCACUUUGAGCGCCUGGCCGACGAGUACGCCAAGCCAAAGAGGAUGGCCUUUGUCAAGGUCAACACGGAAAAGGGCAGCAUCGGCCAGAUGUACGGCGUUCGCAGCCUGCCCACGUUCAAGGUCCUCCACAAGGGCAUCGUCGUCGAGACCGUCACUGGCGCAAACCCCGCGGCUCUCGCCGGCGCUAUCGUCAAGGCCAGCAAGCUCGUGCAAGGCGGUAGCAGCGCAGAAGUCUUUGGCAACCGCGGCCAGACGCUUGGCGGCAGCGGUUCCAGCGGCUCUGCUCUCGGCAACAUUUCAUUUGACCCUCGCUCUAUUAUUCAGCACUUAAUUACCAUCAUCGGACUGUACUUGGUGUCCUUUUUCUCGAGCGAUGCAUACAGAUCUGCCAAGAAUUCCUAUUUUAACAUUGAGAACAAGAAGAGUGAUACUCGGGCGGUAAAUACGAGUGCUGCGCGACCAGCCGCACCAGCACCUCCCAAGCCGAAGACUUUCAAGACAUUAGCCGACUUGAGCUCUGAGUAA